GCACGAAGUUUCUUGGGACGGCGAAUAUCUUGCCAAAAUCCAUCACUGCUCUACAGACAUAACAUAACCUAUUUUAAUAUUUGACAAGUUUAAUACGGAUUAUAAAUAUUUAGUUGUUUGAAAAGAAAAGUGCAUCAUCAAACCAUUGUAAUAUAUAAUUUUUACUCUAAUUUGCAACUUUGCAAUGUAUAAUAACGAAUGUGUAAAGACAAACCAUAGUAAUGACUUUGUUUCACAUCUAAGUAAAAAAUCUAAGAAGUCCAAGUUUAAGAAAAAGAAAGCUAGUAAAAAGGAAAAGAAGAAAUACAAGAAAAAAAAGGAAUACUCUACAUCGUCUUCAAGCAGUGAGAGUUCUGGCAGUGAUACAUUGGAAUGGGUAGAGAAAACUACUGAAAACCAAAUUUCUUCAUAUGCUACUGGAAAUCCUAUUAAUAGCAAAGCACAAGGAGAACAACUUAAAAGAGAUGAGUGGAUGAACAUGGAAAAUUUUCUUCCAUGUACAUCCAAGUCUGAAAUGAAAAAACAAAAACCUAAUGCAAAUGAAGAAGAAAAAAUAAAGAAUCUUCUGAAUAAACCAGGGCAAAGUGAUAGAGAAUUAAAUCCAUAUUGGAAAGAUGGUGGUGAUGGAUUACCUCAAAUUAGUUCAGCAAGAUUUGAUAAUCAAUCAAUUCUUGAUGCAAAUUGGCUGAAAAAAAGUCUUCGUCGUGCUGAGGAACAAGCUCUUAGGGAUGGUAGAAGACUAGAGGAAGUAGCUGCAGAACGCUGGGGUUCCUUAGAAACUAUUCAAUCAAUGAUAGCUAAAGCAGAAAGAAUGUCGAAUUUUGAGCAGGAUAAGUUCCAUCAUAAAAGUAACGACAAAAGUGAGAGAAAUUCUUGGAGAACUUUCAAUUCAAGAAAGAGGGAUCGCUCAAGAUCAAAAUCUCGAUCUAGAAGUAGAGAACGCACUGGAAAGUAUAACACACACUAUUCAGCACAGAGUAGAGAACAGAAACAAAUGUAUCAAAGACCCAAAGAGAACGAUGAUUAUUAUCAGCAAACUGCGCAUAUGUCUAGCAGCAGUCGUGUAAAAAAUUGGAAAAAGGAUAAAGAUGAUGAUAGAAAAUAUGAGUCUGAGUCAUCCCCAUCUGGAUUAAAGGAAACUAUUGCAGAUAGAAUUAGUAACGCAAAUGAAAUAACUAAAAGCGAGAAUACAGGCGUUUUGUCAGAAGCAGAGAUGAACAAGUUAGGUGCAAGAAUUAUCAAAGCUGAAAUAAUGGGUGAUGAGCAAUUGGCGACUCAACUUAAGGGCCAACUGGAGCAAGCCAGGAAGUUUAUUGCGGCGAACAAAGCUGUCGUACAAGAAGAGACUGUGAUUCUUACAAGAACAGAUGAAAAAGGUGUUGCAAGGCCAGUUCAGCCCAGAAGUCAAUCUAAAAAGUCUACGGAAAGUCAUAGGAAAAAGAAAAUUGCGGAGACACACGUAUCCGGUGAUAGAAUACGUCAUUUCGCGGACGAUGAUAAGUAUUCUUUGCAUGAAAUGUUUCAACGAGAGAAAGGAAGAUCGGCAAACGAAGACGAAGCUAUGUUUACUAAAUUUGCUUCCAAAGGUAUGGAUCAUAUGGACGAUAUGUUCGAGCAACAAAUCGCACGAACGGAUUUGGAAGCAAAGGAUGAUAAGCGGGACCGUAUGCGUGCGAUCAAAGAGCACAAGGAUUUAUCUAAGUAUCUGGAUAACUGUUGGUGGUGCCCCGACUCGAAGAAUAUGUUAAAGCAUAUGAUCGUUACAAUGGAUUCCAUGAUUUGUCUAAGUCUACCCGCUUGCACUUCCUUGACUAUUGGUCAUUGCAUAUUGACACCUGUACAACACAUAGCGUGUCAAUUACAAUUAGACGAAGAUAUAUGGGAAAGGCUUCAGGAAGUAAAGAGAAAAUUGACGACAAUGUUCACGAACGAAGAUUUUUAUCCGAUAUUUUUUGAAGUAUAUAAAAAGCGACGCAAAUUUUCCCACAUGCAGUUAGAAUGUAUCCCGUUACCUAACGACAUUGGUGAAUUAGCACCAAUGUAUUUUAAGAAAGCAUUGUUGGAAUGUGAAACCGAGUGGUCUAUGAAUAAGAAAGUAAUCGAUUUAAAGAGUAAAGGUAUACGGCGUGCCGUACCAAAUGGUUUGUCAUAUUUCAUGGUAGAAUUUGCUUCGCAUCCUGGUUAUGCUCAUGUAAUCGAGAACGAGGAAAUGUUCCCGAAAAAUUUCGCUGAGGAGGUGAUAGGUGGAAUGUUGGAUUUAGAUUGCAAUUUAUGGCGGAAACCAAGAAAACAAAGCUUCGAUGAGCAAAGAGUAAAAGUAUUGGAGUUCACAAAAACGUGGAAAACAUGUAAUUUUUCGCAAGCAGAAGAUAUUUAAUAAUACUGUUUGAACUUGUAUCCUAAUCUAGAGAUGUUCUAUAUGUAUCUUUAAUAUUCAAAUAAAAACGACACUUUAAUUUUUAUUAAUUUA